AUGGCCAAAAUCAAGGCUCAGGACCUUCGCGGCAAGAAGAAGGAGGAGCUGUUAAAACAGAGCUGGAUGGACGAUCUGAAAACUCAGAAGGAGAAUCUCAGAAAAUACUAUAAGGGCAAGAAGUACAAACCUCUGGAUCUGCGGCCCAAGAAAACACGUGCCAUGCGCCAAAGGCUCAACAAGCAUGAGGAGAACCUGAACACCAAGAAGCAGCAGCGAAAAGAGUGCCUGUACCCUCUGCGGAAAUACGCAGUCAAAGCCUGA